CAGAGUAGGUUUGACCGUAUGCCACCUAGAUUCCAGAAACGUCGUGAAUUUGAGCGUCAAAGAAAUGGCGUCAGUGGAAGUGGUGGUGGUGGUGGCAGCAGCAGCAAUAAUGGUGGUGGUGGUGGUGGAGGGGGUGGUGGCGGUAGCAAGAGAGGUCGAGGGACACCUGUGUCAUCGUCGGUCUUGGGCUCUGGGGGGGUCGGAGUGGUAUUAACGCCAGCAAACAAGCCAGGUGUAAAAGAAGGGACUCCUGAGACAACUGAAGAGGCUGAUUGGGAAACAGCAUCUGAAAGUAGUGAUCCUGAGGCUCGGAAGGAGAACAAAGAGAAGGCUUCGAACCCAGCCCCUAAACCCGACCAUCGUAAGGGAAGCAAAACCGACAGGAAGAUCGGUGGUGGUAGUUGGGCUCCCUCAUCAGGUGUUGUGAUUGUAGAUGACCAGCCACAGGUUUCUGAACUCAUCGGUGAUAUUCUUGAUUCCAAUGAUGGCUUUCAGCAAGUCACAAGACGUAAGUCUGGCAAGGAAAAGGGCAAGCCAUUGCCUGAAGAAACCAUCUCUGCUGCUGCUGCUACUGCAGUAGUUACAGAGGCAACAGGAACAGCAGGGACAACUACUGUGUCUGGACCUGCCCCUUCCUCUAAUGCCAAGAAACAACCAAAAGAGAAGAAGAGUCGAUCCAGCAAGUCGAGUGGUUUUGAGCGAUCUCGUCAGAGUAAGCUUCCCCAAGACUAGCCAAGCAGCGAGAAAAUAAUCGUAUAAAUGCUAUAAAGAAUGCUGGCUCAUGUAGCCCUGUUGAAUCUCCUACCAACACACUCUUCCCAGUAAAAGACUCUGCUUCAUUGCCACCACCAAAGAAUGCCUGGGAUAAACCUUUAACAGCAACACUUAGAGCAAAUUCACCUUCCCAGGCUGCAGCAGGAACAGAUGGAGUCAGCCAGGGUGGAAGCAAGCCACCUUCAUUCGAUAACCAUGACAGUGGUGUUGAAAUCAGUGACCAGCCCAACUCUGGUGGCAGUAGCCAGCGGUCAAGUCCAAGUGAUGACCAACUAAUUUUGCCAAGGUUGAUAAAACUACAUUGGAUGGGACAUCAGUUCCCUCCCAGACCAUCAUUUUUGAGAAUACCAAUUUUAAGGCUGCAGGAACCGUAAAUGCAACUGUAGG